AUGAUAAGCUACGAGAUAACAGACGCCCCGACCCCCUUCGACGACGAAGACGCCGACGUGAUCGUGCGCACCUGCGACGGCCCCGCGCCGGACGACGACGAUGAGCAGCGCGACGGGCUCCCCAUCGUGCGUGUCGAAGAGCAGAGCAGCGUCUUCGGCGCGCUCCUCCGCUUCUGCUACCCGCAGGUGGACGACCCGCCGAUCGGCGCACUCGACGAGAUCGUCGGCAUCCUCCGCGCAGCGCUCAAGUACGACCUCGACGUGAUCGCGCGGCGCAUGAAGCAGCUGCUCCUGCAGCCAAAGUUCCUCGAGAGCGACCCCGUCCGGAUAUACGCGAUCGCCUGCCAUCUGAAGCUCCGCGAGCACGCUGAGUUUGCUGCGCGCUACUCGCUCCGCACGCCGAUCCUGGAGCACCCGUCUAAGGCGCUCGAGAUGAUCUCCGGGCUGGAGUACCACCGCCUCCUCGUGUACCAUAAGCAGUGCGGUGAGCUCGCGAGCUCCGUCGUGGCCAAUCUCGACCUCCUCCCGCGCUCGUCGUACGUGUGGUACAAGUGUAGGCACAGCACCUGUCCAAGCGUUCCUUCAAUGCAUUCCGGCAACCUCUCCCUGACCGUGAGCAGCCCAAGGAAGUGGUGGGUUGACUAUCUGGUGCGGCUUGAUACCGAGCUGCUCCAGCGUCCGUGCGGGGAUACAGCGUUGGACUCGUCCAUAAGGAAAGGCUUCCUGAGUGUGGCGGCAAAAUGCCCCACGUGCAGCCUGGUCGCUGCGCAGGACUUGGCGCAUUUCUGCAAAGUGCUCGCGUUUACGAUUGACAAUGAGAUCAUAGAUGUGAGUCGGCGUGUCUGCUGGUUAUUCGGUCUGACGGACAUUUCGCAGAACGCCUACAUAGAGCUUCCCUUUUGA